AUGAUCCCCAUUCCCGAGGAGUGUCCAACUGGUCCUGAGUCUCCCUAUGGUAAGACCAAGAUCUUUAUUGAGGACAUUCUCCGUGACCACACUAAAGCCAAUCCUCAAUGGAACACCGCUCUGUUGCGUUAUUUCAACCCUAUGGGAGCGCAUCCAUCUGGUUUGAUGGGUGAAGAUCCUUUAGGAAUCCCCAACAAUUUGUUGCCAUUCCUUGCUCAAGUUGCCAUUGGCCGUCGUGAGAAACUUUCUGUUUUCGGUAACGACUUCCCUUCGCGUGAUGGUACUCCUAUCAGAGACUAUGUCCACGUUGUUGAUUUGGCCAAGGGCCAUCUUGCUGCCCUUGAGAAACUCGAGUCUGUCAAAAAGGAACGGGAGACUGCCACCGAGAAGCCUACCAAGGGUUUCUCCCGUGAAUGGAACCUCGGUACUGGUAAGGGUACUACCGUUCUCGAAGUCAUCAAGUACUUCUCCGAUGCCGUCGGCCGUGACCUUCCCUACGAAAUCACUGCCAGAAGAGACGGUGACGUUCUCGAUCUCACUGCCAAGCCCACUCGUGCUAACCAGGAACUCAAGUGGCACGCCGAGCUCACCAUGAAACAAGCCUGUGAGGACCUGUGGCGCUGGACUACCAAGAACCCCUACGGAUACCAGCAACCUCCUACCGAGUCCAAGUAA